AUGUUUCAGAAAGUAGAGUACCGAUUUCACCCAGAAAUAUCCAUGUCUGGAUAUCAAGCAAGCGCAGCAAUCUGAAGGGAUAUAGUAAUAUUAAGGAAAGCUUCAAUAAUAAUUUGUGAUGAAAUUUUAUAUCCACUCUUAUACUUUGACUUGAAAAUCUUCGCUAACAGCUUGAAAAAGCGAAUUUUAGCUUUUUCCAAGGGCGUUUUCUUAGGUUUGAGCUUAUUAAUUUCUGUGUUUUCCAGGAGAGUUUCAUUUGAUCCUAAUAGCAUUUAA